AUGCCGUAUAGGAACCAACUAUAUGAUAUCGAAAGACACAUAAAGUUAUAUCAAGGAACUUUAACUACGUUAAUACUUUCAUUAACACAACUCACAAUGAGUUCCGACCAGGAAUCGUUUCAUAGCGCAACUGGGGAGAAAAGUUUAACGUCACUGAAUAAUUAUGCAAUUGUUUCUGAUUCGCAGGAGUCUUCAGGAGAUGAGCCCAGUAAAAUCAUUACAUUCAAUGAAGGUACCGAGUUGAGUGAUUCAACAGAGGAUGAUAAUGAUGAUGGCGAUACUAAUGAUGACCAUAGUGUUUCUGAAGAACAAGAACUUGUACACCCGGGAACAAAAAGACCAAAAUUAGACAGAAACACCAAAUCUAGGAUGAGUGAUCCACCGAACCAAAAGGGGUUUAUACAAGUACAGGAGUCUGACUUGAGUGGUUUCUAUGGAAAAGAAUUGAGUAUGAAUAUGGAUAAAUUAAACUCUAUGCAAUCAUUAAUACAUAAAUCACCAUUACCUAAACAAGAUAGUGAAAUACAAAAACAAUUCAACGCCAAGAAAGAUGCUUUAUUUAAAGAAGUUAUUGACUCAAGAACUGUAAAGCAAAACUUAGUGGAUGCGAUUAUCCAUGAAAAUAUUACUAAUAAGUUUCAAGAUUGGCAUUUCAUAAGGCGAAAUUGUUCAGACUCAAUUGAACUUGGAUUGUUGACACCACUGAUGGCUUCUAUCGGAUGUGAAAUGGAAAGUUCUGACCCAGUUUUUACUAUAACAGAUGCUGAUGUUGAGAGGUAUGAUAGUUAUUGUAGGAUGUUCCCUGUUGGAUAUAUGUUAGAUCAUAUAUGUACGUCACUUCGACGUAUAGCCACACAUGGUUUGGCCACCACAGCAUCCAAGACCAAAGCGGCCAAAUUCUUUGUAUGCUUCAUUUUGGAUAGGAAAGUUUAUGAAUCCAUCGAUAUGAAUCCAUUGAAAUGUACAUCAAUAUACAGAGAUGUAGUUGUCAAAUAUUUAUUGGAAAAUGAUCCUACUGGAAACAUGAUUAAUAUCUUGGAUGAGCUAUUCAUAAAUCUAGAUAAAAAUUUAUAUUUUAUGAUUAAUCGCUUGACAACACUAAUACCCGAAUUAAAAAAUCCUUUAAUGGCACACUAUUUUAAAAAUGAUAUUAAUAAUGUAAUAGCAAAAUUUAAUACAUUAAUGGAUGAUGGAAUGUAUGAAAGUUUACUUUAUUUUAUAAUGUUAAUCUAUGGGUCAUAUUUAUUACCUUUCGAGAAGAGCGACAAAGAUGAUGAAAAGGAUGGAUUAGAAAAUAAUCCUACACAUAAGUAUUUCAAGGAAUGUGUCUAUGAUAUGUCAACGAAUACAACUUCAGAUGUAGAAAUCUCUUUGAUGAAAGUGUUAUUGAACUUAUAUUCCAAGGUAAAUACUUGA